AAAAAAAGAGGGCAUGCAUGGAAAAUAGGAAGAGGCAAAGGAAUUUGUCAUUUUGCAGAGGUUGCAAAUCCCAAACAUCUCACUAGAGGCCAAACAAAAGGGUAACUGGGUUUUCCAAUUCUUUACCAAAUAUCUCAUUCUUAGCUGUGUCCUAAACAGUGGGCCAUGCACGUGUUUAAGCCCUUCUCAUCCCAUCAUUCACCAUAGCCUUCCCUCAAUUCCCCACCACCCAACCCCUCCUUUAUAACCGAACCUUCCUUCCCUCACACCUUCCCAUCACUCACCACACCAACACACCUCUCCCUCUCUCUUUUCAUCUCGUUGGGGCAUUUCAUCAAACACUUUGCAAGAUGGCCAAAGUGGGAAAACUUACAAAGCUGAAGUCAGCCAUAAAGAGAUGGCCCUCAUUGACCAAGCUCAGCCGCGGCAACAGCUGUGUCUCCUCCCACAAAGAAGCCACCAGAACAUCCUCGUCAUCCAAGGAACAUGCACAUGAACAAGAGCUUCAUGCUGUUUAUGUCGGCAAAUCUAGGAGGCGUUACCUCGUAAACUCCGAAGUGAUCGACCACCCUGUGUUCCAGGAGCUAGUGGAUAGGUCUUCUUCGUCUCAUGAUGAUGGGGUGGUGGUGUCCUGUGAGGUGGUGCUGUUCGAGCACUUGCUGUGGAUGCUUGAGAGCGAAGAGACCCAGUUGGGGUCCAUGGAUGAGCUGGUCGAGUUUUACUCUUGUGCAUGCUGAUCCACAUGAUGGUAUCCAUCGAUGCUGACACUCCUAGUAAUAGCUGACUUCGAUUGUUUCUCUUGUGGUCGCCCAAACAAACCCAAACCAUUGGCCUCACUUUGUGAAUUCAGAUUGAUUCAAUCUUAAUUAUAUAUAUAAAAGUAUUGUUGUUGUGUAAA